AUGGGCAGUCGCAAGUCCAGCGCUCGACAGGCCUCGGAAUCGAGAGCCGCCCCUAAACAAUCCGACUCGGCCCCUGCAGCCGUCUCGAAAAGUAGCUCGGUCGAUUCCAGAUCCCAACAGAGCUCUUACAUGGGCGGCGAUGGUCUCUCUCCCGCGAGCACCAUUUCCAACGAUCAGGCUACCAAGUCCAGCCUCGCAGCCUCAUCGCCUAUCAGCUCUACCAACAACAUCACCGCUGCUGCUGCCGCCGCCGCCCCAUCUCUUCCUCACAAGCUGCCCGAAUUCGACCAUUUCCGUCAGAGCAGCCCGCUGAUGCCUGAGUUCUAUCCACGCACCUCGGACUUUUUCAGCCAAGGUCGUCGACGAAGCAGCAUCGCCGUCAGUCCAGAGUCGGCUAUAUCGCCCGGCUCGGCCGCCGCUGGAGCACCUCCUGCAUUCCUCGACCGAAGCGCCAAUGGCGGCAUCAAUUCGACCAAAAAGUCCGACACGUUCAACCUCCCGCUCACCUUUGAGGAGACCGAGUCGCUCGAGGGUGAGCAGCUUCCCGUUCGCCUUGGCUUGGCACCUCCCUCACAUUCGCAUGGCUUGCCGCCGUCCGAGAUGACCUACAAAGCACGCGUUGGCCAUGGAUACUACUUUUACACACCACCACCGCCGCAGCUGCAGCAGCCUGCGUCACGCCAGGUCCCUGCUUCCAAAGCGUCUGCAGUGCCAUCGCUGCGACGUCGAGACACGGACAUGUCGGAAGCUUCGAGUCUCAGCCUCAACACAAAGCCCACUCCUGCUCCUUCUUUGUCCAGCCCCUCGUCCAUCUCACCCGGUGCCGCCUCUUCUUCACCCUAUCGCGCCAGUGCCAGCAGCUCCAUCAGCAGCCUCCCCACCUCGACACAUGCAGGCCACGCCGGCAGCUCCAAGCACCUUCCGACCUCUUCGGCGCGGCCUCGCCUGCCUCCCUCUUCGCCAGACUGUUGGCAUCCAGAUGCCUACUUUAGCAAAUCCCGAUCGCGCGUCAAGGGCAAGAUGCGCGAAUUUGUCUAUCACUCGUUCCCGCACUCGGUCGUCCCUUACUGGCACGGCUACAACAGCGAGACCACCGAAGCCGAAAUGGCAACGCAUCUCAACGUCAAAGCCUCUCUGCACGGCAACACGCUCCGAGACUUCCCCGAAGGCUCACGUCCCUGCCGCGUCCUCGACCUCGGCUGUGGCAGAGGCUUUUGGUGUUUGGACAUGGCGCGCGAAUGGAAAACCUCGGAGUUUGUAGGGCUUGACAUUGUGCCCAUCCAACCGCCGAUGGCUUCGCUCGCCGACCCGGAUCUCGAGCACCGCGUCAGCUGGGUCGUGGCCAACUUUCUCGAGCCUCUGCCGUUCCCCGAUGCCAGCUUCGACUAUGUCCACAUCCGCUACAUCCUGCAAGGUGUUCCCGAAGACAAGUGGUUCGACCUGCUGUCAGAAUGCAGGCGCAUCUUGGCGCCCGGAGGCGUGCUCGAGCUGGUCGAGGGUAACUACGGCUUCUACGGUCAUCCGAGCUGGGUCGACUCGCAGGAGCUCAAGGAUCUCGAGCACGGCCGUGUUGGCGCCAGGAAGGGCUUUGGUGUCAAGCUGCCCAAACGCCUCAAGGUGCUCAACGAUUCGGAUUCCACGGAUGUCGAUGCCAUCGAGGUCGUGUUCGAGCGCAUGAUGCAUCGACGCUUUAUCAACCCCACCCCGCUGUCGGUGGUACCGUCUGCGUUGCUGCUUCCCGGCUUCUCCACCGUCGCCAACGGCAAUCCUCGUCACAUUCCUAUCUACGCCGAAUCUAGCGCACAGCGUGCCCGUGCCCGCGCCGCCGCCGCCGUCGCUGCAGGCGAAGAACCCGGCUCGUCCUCUGCCAAUGCCACGUCGAGUGAAGACGAAGGCAAACGCCAGGGCAGGUUCACCAGCCGCGGUCAGAUCGGCAACCCGCUCAACUCGCAGUUCCAGAUGACCGACCGCGACUUUUUCAGCGCGUUUGCCCUCAUACAGCAUCUAGGUCAUUUCUCGUCCAGCCGCGAGCUCGUCUGGGCCGAGGCGGAGGAGGAGAAGCGCAGCCUGCAGGGGCAGCCGCAGCCCGAGCUCUCCAAGAUGGACAGCAACCGCCGGUUUGGGCAGGGCAAUCCGACGGCUUUGAAGCCGUUUGCGCACCCGUGGAAGUCGAAGGAUGCGUUCUUCAGGGCGUUGGAUGCGUGGAUCGAGGCGACCAAGGCGUCGGCGGAUACGGAGCACCUAUUGCGCAAGUAUCUGGGGUGGGAACAGGCGCAUGAAGACUUGACGGUGGAGGGCAGGAAGUAUGCAGAGCGCAGGCGCAAGAUGAGCACAUCGUCGGCGGCGAUCCCGGCGCUGGGGCUGGAUCAGCUUGUGCUAGAUGACGCGGGGGAGAACAAGGCGGGCAUGCGAGAGGCGAGGGGACGGCUGGAUUCGUUGGCGGCGACGGCGCAAGGACUGCACAUUGCGUCGGUGAGCCCGUCGAGCGCGUCGGCGUUUGCCGUUUCGACGACCCAUGCGCACGAAGCGCCUGCUCGGCUUCAGACUACGCGUGCGUCUGCACCCGAUACGCGGGCUGUCUCGCACGCGGACGAAUCCAACAGCAACAGCAAGACGGCGGCAGCGACAGCGACGACGGCGUUGGAUGGCGGCAAGAAGAAGAAGAAAUCCACACGACCGAGCAGUAGCGGCAACGCGGGGUCUUCGUCUCCGGGCAGCUUUGGAACGACUGCAUCUGCACGCACGCGUCCCUUUGGACGAGGCGGAGCGGCAGGAGGCGCACUCACCACCAAACCGCUCCCGCUCCCGGACGCACCGGCGUUUAUGGCGGGGUAUGCGUUUACGUCCUCGCCCGCCACAGAACCCGCGAGCAUGUUCCGCGGGCCGGCGACAAAGGCGAGCAUCGUCGCGUCGUCACGCGGCGGUGGAGCGGUUGUUGGGGCACGCAAGGCUUCGGGUAGCAACAAGUCGGUCAGCGAUCGGUCGUCGUUGAGCUCGAGCAAGACUGAGGGCGCCCGGCCGGCCAAGGAGGGUGCAGCCAAGGAGGGGGUUCCGCCGACUGCAGGGUCGAAAGCGGCAGCGGCAGGGACGGGAGGGGCCGAGGUGUCGCCAGCAGCAGCGUACGCCGCUACCCAGCGCGUCUCGCACGGACUCGAGGACGAGACCCGCCUCAACUCUGCAGGCGCGUCGAGACCGGUCAGUCCGACAUCAGCGGUGGUGACCUCUUCGACUGCGCCGACUGCGCCCCCUGCGGCACACGAAGGCGUCCCAGCUCUCGGUGCUCGUCCCCCUCCGACUCCUGGUGCUGCUGCUGCUGCUGAUUCACGCUCCGUCAGCAUGCCCACCACCUUGUCCCCUCCUCCUGCUGCGGCUGCUGGUGGAGGGGCAGGAGCGGGCAGCGUGAGGAUCGCCGAGCCGCCGACCCGGCCCUCGAAGCUGCGCUCGCGCUCCAAGUCGAAUGCGGCAGCGGCAGCGACCGCCUUGAUGGGCUUCUACGACACGACGGGCUUCAUUGCGAUUGCGUGA